ACCUUGCUACGCUUUGCGUCGCUCUGCCAGGAGCAGUCACCUCCUCCUUGGCAAAUAGUCCUCGGCGGGGUCCGAGUUCUUGGAUAAUAGGAGAGAGGGGGCACAAGAAGUUGCAGCCAGGGAACACGGAAUCGGCAAGAAGAGGAAGACAGGGACCACAGUUUCUGCUAUACUGUGUGAAGUUAGUUAAAAACUUCUUCCUUCCUAAAAGGAUCCUUCCGCCUGCAGUCGCGGUGGUGAGGCCGAGGGAGCCGCCAUUUUGGAUGUUCGGUUCCUGCUGCCACUGCUGCCGCCGCCCCCGGAGCUGCUGGUUUCAUUCGAGGUUUCGGGCCGAGGAUGCCAGCCCCCAUCAGAUUGCGGGAGCUGAUCCGGACCAUCCGGACAGCCCGAACCCAAGCCGAAGAACGAGAAAUGAUCCAGAAAGAAUGUGCUGCAAUCCGAUCAUCUUUUAGAGAAGAAGACAAUACAUACCGGUGUCGGAAUGUGGCAAAAUUACUAUAUAUGCACAUGCUGGGCUACCCUGCUCACUUUGGACAGUUGGAGUGCCUCAAGCUUAUCGCCUCUCAAAAGUUCACAGACAAACGCAUUGGCUAUUUAGGGGCAAUGCUGCUGUUAGAUGAAAGACAAGAUGUCCAUCUUCUCAUGACAAACUGUAUCAAGAAUGAUCUUAAUCAUAGCACGCAAUAUGUACAGGGGCUAGCACUUUGUACCCUUGGCUGUAUGGGCUCUUCAGAGAUGUGCAGAGAUCUUGCAGGAGAGGUAGAGAAACUCCUGAAAACCUCCAAUUCUUACUUAAGAAAAAAGGCAGCGCUAUGUGCUGUUCAUGUCAUCAGGAAGGUUCCUGAACUUAUGGAGAUGUUUUUACCAGCAACAAAAAAUUUAUUGAAUGAAAAGAACCAUGGUGUCCUUCACACAUCUGUAGUCCUCCUCACAGAAAUGUGUGAACGAAGCCCAGACAUGCUUGCACAUUUCAGAAAGAAUGAAAAGCUUGUGCCCCAAUUAGUUCGUAUUCUAAAGAACCUCAUCAUGUCGGGAUAUUCACCAGAACAUGAUGUUUCUGGUAUCAGUGACCCCUUUUUGCAGGUACGAAUUUUGCGGUUAUUAAGAAUUUUAGGACGAAAUGAUGAUGACUCAAGUGAAGCUAUGAAUGAUAUAUUAGCACAGGUUGCCACAAAUACGGAGACUAGUAAAAAUGUAGGAAAUGCUAUUCUUUAUGAAACGGUUUUGACUAUCAUGGAUAUUAAGUCAGAGAGUGGACUGCGAGUCUUAGCCAUAAACAUCCUUGGUCGUUUCUUAUUGAACAAUGACAAGAAUAUUAGAUAUGUAGCUUUGACAUCUUUGUUGAAGACAGUGCAGACAGAUCAUAAUGCAGUACAGAGGCACAGAAGCACAAUUGUGGACUGCUUAAAGGAUUUGGAUGUCUCAAUAAAACGGCGUGCAAUGGAAUUGAGUUUUGCCCUGGUAAAUGGGAAUAAUAUCCGAGGCAUGAUGAAGGAAUUACUUUAUUUUCUGGAUUCCUGUGAGCCAGAAUUUAAAGCAGACUGUGCAUCUGGAAUCUUUCUUGCUGCAGAAAAGUACGCACCUUCCAAACGGUGGCACAUAGACACGAUUAUGCGUGUUCUGACAACGGCAGGAAGCUAUGUUCGUGAUGAUGCAGUCCCCAACUUGAUCCAGUUAAUAACCAAUAGUGUGGAGAUGCAUGCCUAUACUGUCCAACGCUUGUACAAAGCAAUUCUUGGUGAUUAUUCUCAACAACCUUUGGUACAAGUGGCUGCGUGGUGUAUAGGUGAAUAUGGAGAUCUUCUUGUAUCAGGCCAGUGUGAAGAGGAAGAACCUAUUCAGGUAACAGAAGAUGAAGUGUUGGAUAUUUUAGAAAGUGUCUUAAUCUCUAAUAUGUCCACCUCUGUGACCCGAGGUUAUGCCCUCACUGCCAUUAUGAAGCUUUCUACUCGAUUCACCUGUACUGUAAACCGAAUUAAGAAAGUGGUUUCAAUCUAUGGAAGCAGCAUUGAUGUGGAACUCCAGCAGAGGGCAGUAGAAUAUAAUGCACUUUUUAAGAAAUAUGACCAUAUGAGGUCUGCCCUCCUUGAGAGAAUGCCUGUCAUGGAAAAAGUGACCACAAAUGGCCCUACUGAGAUUGUGCAGACAAAUGGAGAGACAGAACCAGCUCCACUAGAGACCAAACCACCACCCUCUGGGCCACAGCCCACCAGCCAGGCCAAUGAUUUAUUGGAUUUGUUGGGAGGAAAUGACAUAACACCUGUUAUUCCAACUGCACCUACAAGCAAACCAGCUUCUGCUGGUGGAGAACUUCUUGAUUUGCUGGGAGACAUCAACCUUACAGGUGCUCCAGCUGCUGCUCCUGCCCCUGCCUCAGUCCCACAGAUAUCCCAGCCCCCCUUCUUGUUGGAUGGGCUUUCAUCACAGCCUCUCUUCAAUGACAUCACUACAGGCAUCCCCUCCAUCACAGCGUACAGUAAGAAUGGCUUGAAGAUAGAAUUCACCUUUGAACGGUCAAAUACCAACCCUAGCGUCACAGUGAUAACGAUACAGGCCUCCAACAGCACAGAGCUGGACAUGACAGACUUUGUUUUCCAGGCUGCAGUACCAAAGACAUUCCAGCUGCAGCUUCUGUCUCCCAGCAGCAGCAUUGUCCCAGCAUUUAAUACAGGGACCAUCACACAAGUCAUUAAAGUUCUGAACCCACAGAAGCAACAGCUGCGAAUGCGGAUCAAGCUCACAUACAACCACAAGGGCUCAGCAAUGCAAGAUCUAGCAGAGGUGAACAACUUUCCCCCUCAGUCCUGGCAGUGAGGGCCCGGCACCAUUCUCAUUCUUGUCCCACUCAAUCAAAGGAACUCUGGGAAGGAGGUUGUGAUUGCUGGCAAGUCCCCCCCAACUGUACCAUGGGCAUGAGGAGCUGAAGAGAACUGUUGAGGAGGAUUUUCCUGAAGUUACUGCUGACCUUGAAGCAUUGUCAAACACGAAUCUCCUCUCCUCCAGUGUUGAGGCCGGCUGCUUCUGGAGGCUGUUUUGCACUCUUCCUCCUCCUCUUCUCCUUUGUCCGCACUUCUCCACCCCUCCCACAUUUACAGCCAGAAUCAACAUUCCCUGGGCCCCUGAGGAAAUAAGCAGCUGGUCUGGAGGAGAGGACUGGAAUCCAUGGCAAGAAAACACUCACUCUGUCUCUGCAGCAAAGAGUUCCCCUUCUUUCUACUGUGUUUUUCUGUGGACUGGGCGAGGUGGGGGUAUUCAUUCCUCACUAGCUGGGUUACCAUCUUCAGGCGCUUUUUACAUCAGGCACUCAGAAUGAAAAUGUUAACAGUGGACAUUAGGGAGCCCUGCCUUUUUCUACUGGUUCCCCCAAUGUUUGAAAGAGGCAUUAGGCUCCUGGUAGCCUUUUCUGUGCGUUGCUGUAUACACACAGACACACACGUGUAUGUAUGUUUGUUACCAAGACCUGGGCAGACCUGGAGAGGUUAUUUGUAAACACUGGACGGAUGCAGUAAAAAAGAGCUUUUGUUGAGAUUUGGCAUGAAGGAUAUGGUGCUCUAUUUGUAACAGAAACUCCCAAGGCUCUUCCAGCUCCCCUGUCUCUCCAUUCUUUAGCUGUAGUCAUGAAUACUCUCCCUGAUUUUCAAAAUUGAUUCCCCUGAAAGUGCAAAGUGGACAACUUCUAAAAGAUAUAUUAAUAGUUAUUAAUGCCCCUAUCCCCGCCACAAAUUUUGAAGUUUCUCCUAAGCCUGAAACUUGCCUGUGGAACUAUGGUAAAUGGGUGGAAAGAGGAGUUCGCUUUUUAAGAUCAGACUCCUUAACAAAAGCACCUUUGCCCAUAGGAAGAGUGAGUAUCAGACUCAUCCUAGAGCAUAUUGGAGUCAUCUUCUCCAUUACUCCAAACCUUCCUUUUUAUUUCCUGAGCCUGGCUUGGACCUUGGCAUUCCGUUUGAAUUCCUUCUUCUAACUGGAACAUUUGUGUUGUAUCUGUAACACUGGCACUGAAAUAAAGACCACGCGGUUAAAGAAAUCUUUCCUAUAUUGUACUUUAUGGUGUUGGAAUGAAGCCUUGUAGCUUCCUUGCCCCCUGUGUGGGAGGAAGUCUUAUGAACACCA